AUCUAGUUUUAACACAGUUUUUAAGCUUUAGCAGUAAUUAAAUUUUUUUUAAAACAUGAAGGCAAUGGAAAACAGUGUCAACACCCAUGUGCGUGUAAUACUGGCUAAUUGGCUGCACGCAGCUCUGUCGCGUAUCGAACUCAAAGAAAUGUCCCACCACAGCGAUGAACAGCUUCUGCAGGCUGGAAGUGAUUCCUUCUGGGAGCCCGGCAAUUACAAACGAACCACCAAACGCAUCGAAGAUAGCUACAAACUCUGCAAUGACCUACAGCAACUGAUACAGGAGCGUGCUGAUAUUGAGAAGGGAUAUGCCAAAAGCUUGCGCACCUGGUCAAAGAAAUGGGGUGAACUCAUUGAGAAAGGACCCGAAUAUGGUACAACGGAGGCAGCUUGGAAAGGUGUUUUAACUGAAUCGGAGCGUUUGUCAGAUGUGCAUAUGAAGAUUAAGGAUAAUCUUUGCAAUGAUGUCAAUAGUCAGAUCAAGACUUGGCAAAAGGAUAAUUACCAUCACACUCUUAUGCAAAUCAAGGAACGCAAAGACAUGGACGAUCUGUUCAAAAAGGCACAGAAACCCUGGGCCAAAUUGUUGGCUAAAGUGGAGAAGGCCAAAUCAGAUUAUCAUGCAGCAUGCAAAACGGAACGCAGCGCCACCAAUCAAGAGCGCAACGCCAAUGCGGACAGCUCGCUGUCACCAGAUCAGGUGAAAAAGAUGCACGAUCGCGUGCAAAAGACCAAAGAUCAAGUUCAAAAGUGCCGCGAAAAAUAUGAGCAGGCCAUUGGCGAAAUAACCAAAUAUAAUUCCGUUUACAUUGAGGAUAUGACAUCCGUAUUUGAGAAGUGCCAAACUAUGGAGAAGACUCGUCUGCAGUUCUUCAAAGAAGUGCUAUUUAAUGUGCAUGAGUGCCUCGAUCCAACCAAAGUGCAAAACCUGUCCCAAAUCUAUGAGGAAUUUUAUCAUACAAUCAACAACGCGGACCAACAAAAGGACUUAAAAUGGUGGUCAAAUAAUCAUGGAAUCAAUAUGGCCAUGAACUGGCCAGCAUUUGUGGAAUACACGGAGGAGUUCCGUGAUAUAGCCAAGGGCAACAAAUCGAAAGAGGCGCUGCCUGCAGCGGCCAUAACGCUCAUCAAUCAGCGACCCGUCGCCGAGGAUGUGCAUGAAUACCCUUCUACAAAUAGUCUAAAGAAGAACGCGAGCGUUAACAGCAAAGCCAGCGGCAAGAGCAGCCAGCAGGAACAAGCAUUCAAUCAAACCUCUGCAACUACAGUCGAAACUAAAUCAACGGUGUCGACAACAUCGGUGGUCGGCGCUGCGACAGCAACAGCGGCUGCAGCGACGGCAGCGUCAGCGACGGCAGCUUCAAAUCGCAAUUCGAGCGUAACUAAUGGCAACGGCAAAGUCGACGCAAAUCCAUUCGACGAGGAGGAGGAGUGGGAUGAGGCUGACAAUGUACUGGUCGACAACGGGGAGCCGGGUGUGCCAGUGAAGGCUUUAUAUGACUAUGACGGCGCUGAAAGCGACGAGCUUACUUUCAAGCAAGGUGAUGUUUUUGAGAAACUUGAGGAUGAGGAUGAACAAGGCUGGUGCAAAGGUCGCAUGAAUGGUCGAGUAGGAUUGUAUCCAGCUAACUAUGUGGAAUUAAAUCACUCAUAAAUGGUCGAAUUAUCUGAUGGCGAGCUGGGCGGGCAGUGGUUAAAUUAAUGUCAUUUACAGACAUUGAGAAUAUUAAGAUACCGAGAUAAUACAUUAAAAGUAUAUAAUGCAGAUUGCGUUUAAAGUAAAAAAAAAACAGUCGUUGAAGAAAUUAUAAUAUGUAUUAGAAUUUGUUAUGAGCAAUUGCUCACACCACGGUGUGGCAUCUUAUGUUUUAGGCAUUAAAUUUGUAUUGAGUGAAGGGAAUCCAACCUACCAAACAAUAAAACAAAACACAAUACAAAAAUAAGAAACAUAUAAAAACUUAAAUAAGAUGAAAGAACUCAACCACAAUAGAAUUCAAAUGAAUGUAGUUGAAGAAACAGGAAAGAUGGAUACAGAUUAAAAAUAGAUAAAAGGUCGACAGAACAAUAAGUGUAAACGUCAAUGUAUGAAAUAAUAUUACAAUACUAUUACAUAUGUAUUAUGCUCUAGCUAAAACUGAAAUGAACAUGAGUUUUUUAGAAUGUACGCGCAUUUUUUACUAGAUUCGGCUGGCCGUUCACAUUUUUGUGGCCAGUUGCAAUCUGCGUACAAUUUAAAAAGCAUAUUUAAUAUGUGCGUGGUAUUUGUAAUGCGUUUCAUGAACAUAUUUUUAUUAUUUAUGAAGUUUUGUGUAUACUUGUGUUAUAAAAAGUAUACGUAUAUUAUUGUACAUGUACAUUUUUAAUUGACUUAAAUUAUUGAAAUAAAACAAAAAUACAAAAGCGAAUAA